GCCGUCAUGUCACUGACCCCGGAGCUGAGCCUCCUGCAGGUCGGCAGUGGGCCAGAAUCUGAGGCUGGUCUGGGAACGCUGGAGAAACAGCUGAUCUGUCCCAUCUGUCUGGAGAUCUUCAACAAGCCGGUGGUCAUCCUGCCAUGCCAGCACAACCUCUGCAGGAAGUGUGCCAACGAGCUGUACCAGCCAUCACUGUUCCAGGCCCGGACCACCAUGAUGGUGAACAGCGGCCGUUUCCGCUGUCCAUCCUGCAGGCAGGAAGUGGUGCUGGAUCGCCACGGUGUGUACGGCCUGCAGCGCAACCUACUAGUGGAAAACAUUAUAGACGUCUACAAACAGCAAAUUAGCAACAUGAGCAACCCCGCCAGCGCCCCGCCUCCUCCUGCUCAGCCUCCGGCUGAGGUCACGUGUUCGGACCACGAGGGUGAGAAGUUGAACAUCUACUGUCUGAGCUGUCAGCAUCCCACCUGCUCCCUCUGCAAAGUCUUCGGGGCUCAUCAGUCCUGCAGAGUGUCCCCGCUGAUGGACGUCUACCAGCAGCAGAAGGAUGAGUUGAGUGAAGGACUCGAUUCUCUCAUGAAGGUUAACAACAAAGUCCAGGCUUUGAUCAGUGAGCUGGAGGAGACGUGCAGAACUAUAGAGGCCAACUGUCAGACACAGAAACAGAGUCUUUGUGAGAAGUUCCACCGCAUGUUUGCCGUCCUGGAGGCGAGGCAGAAGGCAAUGACACAGAAAAUCAGCUCUGAGCAGGAAGAAAAGGCAGGCCACACCCAGUCCUUGGUACGUUGCUAUGGAGACAGCGUGGAAGCCAACAGCAAAUUGCUGGAGAGAGCAAUGAGCAGCAUGGACGAGACAGACAUGGCGGCUUUCGUUCAGAGCUCCAAAGAGUUAAUCACAAAAGUGAUGGCAGCGACCGCUUCCUGUCCAACCGUGACACUGAAACCAGGAUACGAGAACAUGCGUCGCUACAGGUUUAACUUCAGCCAGCAGCAGAGGGCGCUGCAGAGCAUCAACUUCAUCAAACAAGAGCUUCCUGAAGAACCUCUGGAGGAACCACAGGAAGAACCAGAGCCAGAGGAACCCAAGGAACCUUCCAUCCAGAAUUUGGAACCAAAACAUCCUGAGGAACCCUCUGUUCAGAACCUUGAAUCAAAUCACCUUCAGGAACCCUCCAUCCAGAACUUAGAACAGAGUCGCCUUGAGAAACUUUUUGUUCAGAACAUGGAACCCCAGCACCUUCAGGAUCCUCCUGCCCAAAACCUGGAACCAAAUCACUUUCAGGAAUCCUCCAUCCAGAACCUCGAACAAAGUCACCUUCAGAAACUUUGCAUUCAGAACCUGGAGCCACAGCACCUUCAGGAACCCUCUGUCCAGAACCUGGAAUCUGUUGUGGAACCAGUCAAAGAGCUGGUCCCAGUGCUUUUGUUCCCAUCAGUGGAACCAGUGCAGUCACCUUCUGCAGCAGCAGUGGGUCUGGUGAAGGACAGUGAGGAACCUGCAGAGGAGGACCUGCAGCCAGAAGAUGAAGGAGGUCUGAUGAAGGAUGAGCAGAAGGAGAGAGAGAAACCCCAGGCAGAGGAGGUACAAGGAGGCUGUGGUCCUGUCAAAGAGGGAAACCGCGGUGAACAUCAGGAGGGCAUGAGCAUGCUGCAGACUGUCACGCUGAUCUUCUACCUGAUGGCUUUCCUGGUCAUCCUGCAGAGGGUUUGGCCUUAUAUCGGCUGCUUCAUUUGCACAUAGCACCAGCAGGAGAUUCAUCCAUCCACACUGCUGCACCGCUCAGAUGGAGGUUGAAGAUCCUGCUCCCAUCUCUUCCUCCUCCGAUGCUCCUCCUCGCCGGCCCAGUUUCUGCUUCUCCUGGCUCAACCCGCUCCACAAGAAGUGACGGCAGCGUACAGAAAUGAAGCUUUGUGGUGGAAGGAAAGCAGAGAUGAACUUGAGCUUUGAUGGAGCUGAGAAGCAGAUAACGAGUUUUUCCUGAAUUCUGACCGGAAACGGGACGUUGUUGUUGUUUUGAAAUGAAAUGUAUUUCAAACGAGGCUGCGGCACUUCAGGUUAAAGGUCAUCACGAGUGUCCGGAACCCUGAAGCUGUCAGGCUGGUGAUAACUGUGGUGGAGUAUUCAGAGUAGUACUGACUGUAGUAUUUGGAAGAGUUCUGAAUGUAAUAAAAAAAUAGUAAAACAAGUGUUUGUUCUUAGAGCUGAAAGUGCUGCUUUUAGAGCUAAAAAUGGUCAUAUUUUUAUUUAAAUCUACCUUUGAAAUGAUUGCCGUUUCAUACUAAACAUCCUGAUUAUUCCACAGUUGUGUGUUUGUACAAACAGAAACUCUCCUGCUCUCAAUGAAAUUCAGGCUUUAAAUACCCCGUUUUAUGCUUUUGUGACAUAUGUCACAAAACUGUGUAGCUGCUGGGUGUGUCUCUUCUCUGUGAGACACCCAUCUGUGUGAUGUGUGACCUGUAGACACGCCCACACACGUGGGUGGGAGCUGUUGCAACACCCCCCUCCCCCGAAUGAAGAGGGGGCGUGGCGGUCAGCAGGUCCUUUUAAUUUAAAGCAACAGAGUCCUGAAAGUGAGCUUUAUUUUAGAAUGUGCUGCAACAGUAUCAACAGGGUGUUUAUACCUGGAAACUUUAAUAUGUUUGUUUUUAAGACACCUGUUGAUCAUAUCACACCUUUAAACUUCAAUGUAAAUGUAAAGUACAAAUAAAAACUUCUAGAAUUUAUUCAGAUUUUUGGGCUAGUUAAUGAUGUCCACUAAUUUUAAGAAGUCAUAUGUGUUCUUUAACCAGACUCCAAAUAUAAAACAGAGGUUUAGUUGUUUAUUGCAGCCCUAAUGUAUUCAGUAUCAUUAAUCACAUCAAACUGCUGUUUUUAGCAGAAUUAUGCAAAAAUUAAUGAUAUGAUGUUCAUGAAACAAAGUGUGGAAAAUGACGUUUAACUCUAUAUGAACACUAUUGUAUUUGGAGGGAGGAGCCACAAAAUGUGGCAGCAAUAGAAAAUGUGAUGUAAAACUCCGCCCACCCUGCAAACUGUGAGCUGGAACAUGUUCACACGUUUGACUAAAUCCUGAUGAAAGGUUUGGGCCUGCCCAGGAGGAGAUUUUCAAUUUUGAACAGAUCUGGAUAAAGAGGUGGAGCCAUGUUUUUUUUGUUGUUGUUGUUUUUAUUGUUGCAAAUGAGCACAUAUUUAUGAAAUGUUGAAAAUGCGUGACCUGAUCUUUAAUAGUUUUUGUUUGUUUUUUAGUCCAUGGCCUUGGCAGGGUUUUGGCAGGGGACUGACAGCAACACUUACAGUCCAGCCUCAGUGUAAUGUGACCUACACAAAUGUAUGGUGGCCAUCCAGGGUGGUAGCUGUAGCCAGGUAGGGGUCAGUGAAGAAUUACACGUGCAUUGCAGUGGACCAGGCUGGACUACUGCAACACACUUCUCUGUUGUGUGGGCCGCUGAAG